ACUUGGUACUUGAAUUUGAGUAGUUUUCCAAUUUGCUUGAUUCGCUUGCACGGUAAAGAUAACUAUAAAUUCUAUGUUAAAAAAAUGGAAAUUAAAGAAUAAUCAGAUUGGAAAGAACCGAGGAAUUAUGAUCAUUUAAACAAUAAAAAACUGACAAUUAACCAUUGAUGAAUGUGCUGCGACUGUUUUAAGCAUCAUGAUUCCUUCUGUUGUUGACGAGUAGAAUCAAUACAGUUUCUAGCAUAACAAUAGUUUUACUGAAAUGCACGCUGCUUUAAUUUGAUUGUCUAAAAUGUAUAACUGGCAUGCUGGGUUGCUCCAGCCUCCGAGGUUGACAGUUAACAGUGCGUACCCAGUAUAACUCAUGAUAGAAGCUUUUGGGGUUGAGAAGAACCUGGACCACCUGGCAGAUAGAACCCAAUCCGCAGUUGGGGGCCUGUUAACAUCCAAAAGGUUGAUUACUCUCCUAUGACUUUUCUCACCACCGCCUUUUUUUCCUUCCUCUUAUCUGCAAGCGCCAUAGUUCUUUGCUUGCCCGUAACAAAAUAUGGAGACCUGGUUCAUCAUCUUCCUCUCUCUCUGCAUCUCUGCACUCAUCAAAUACUUCCUGAAUUUUCUCUCUCCUUCCAAACCCAAACCCAACCUACCACCUGGUCCCCUUGCUCUUCCCAUCAUCAAAAACCUGCUAUUGCUCCGCAGAUCCUUCUCCGAGCUUGGACCCAUCCUCCGAAAACUUCACGCCAAGCAUGGCCCCCUCAUCACCCUCCGUUUUGGCUCUCGCACUUCGAUCUUUGCUGCCUCCCACUCCCUUGCACACGAAGCCUUAAUCCUUAACGGUGCCAUAUUUGCUGACCGCCCCAGGGCUCUUCCCACCUCCAGAAUCUUGAACGGGAACCAACGCAACAUCAGCUCCGCUGCCUAUGGCCCCACCUGGCGCUGCCUCCGCCGCAACCUCACCUCUGAAAUCCUCCAUCCUUCACGCAUCAAGUCCUUCUCUCAUGCCCGCAGUCGGGUCCUGCAUAGCCUCACCACCCGCCUCAAAUCCCAGUCUCAAUCUGGACAACCCAUCUGCGUUUUAGACCAUUUCAGGCAUGCCAUGUUCUCUUUGCUUUCUUCCAUGUGUUUUGGCGAUGAGCUUGACGAUGAGAAAAUAGGAGAGAUCCAGAUGGUUCAACAGCGAGUUUUAUUGGCUUUCACUGAAUUCAGAGCACUCAAUUUCUGGCCAAAGAUGGGGAAGAUCUUGUUUCCUAAUCGUUGGAAGCGACUUAUGCAUCUGCGUAAGAGCAGGGAAGACAUACUUGGCCCUUUGAUAAGAACCCGGAUGAAAGCUAGACAUCAGAAACAUAGCAAAAAGAACCCAAAAGAUGAUCAGAGAGAGGACAUAUUGUGUUAUGUAGGCACUUUGAUGGAUCUAGAGCUGCCAGAGGAGAGGAGGAAGCUCGAGGAAGGAGAGAUGGUGAGUCUGUGCUCGGAGUUUCUAACAGCCGGUGUUGACACCACAUCAACGGCAUUGCAGUGGAUCAUGGCCAACGUGGUGAAGUACCCACAUAUCCAAGAGAAGCUAUUUGAGGAGAUCAGUGGGGUUUUUGGAGAGAGUGGGGAGGGAGAAGAGGAGGUGAGGGAAGAAGAUUUGCACAAGAUGCCUUAUCUGAAAGCUGUGAUAUUGGAAGGUUUGAGACGGCACCCUCCAACCCAUUUUGUGCUGCCUCAUGCUGUUACUGAAGAUGUGGAAUUGGGGGGCUACUUUGUGCCGAAGAAGGCUACUAUAAACUUUAUGGUUGCAGAUAUGGGACGGGACCCAGACGUGUGGGAAGAUCCAAUGGCGUUCAAGCCAGAGAGGUUUUUGUUGAAUGGAGGAGAUGAUGGCGGGAAUGGAGGGGAGCUGUUUGAUGUAACAGGGAGUAGGGAGAUUAAGAUGAUGCCGUUUGGUGCCGGGAGGAGGAUGUGUCCUGGGUAUGGCCUGGCCAUGCUUCAUUUGGAGUAUUUUGUGGCCAAUUUGGUGUGGCAUUUUGAGUGGGAGGCUGUGGACGGGGGAGAGGUUGAUUUGUCGGAGAAGCUGGAGUUCACUACUCUCAUGAAGAAUCCACUGGGAGCCCACUUAACUCCGAGGGCAAAACAGGGGUAUUUAUUAUGAAUUGUUGAUAGCAGGGCAGCAGUAAUAAGCAGCAGCAACAAAGAGUGCGGUAACCUGAGCAGUAGCAAAACAGUUAGCAACAACAGAAUAAUUUAGUUAUAAUUAUAGUUUAGUUAUUGAGUUGUUAAGAUUUCUGUUAUUAUCUUCUUGUAUAUAUAUUCUCUCUUGUAAACUCUUAUUGAAUCGUAAUGUAAUGGAAAUAUUUUCACAAA